AUGUUGCAUUCCGCGCUCAACCUAUCCGAGCUGGCCGUUUGGGGCCUUUUGAUAACAUCACGCGCUAGGGCCCAGGCGACGCCAUGGGAGCCCUAUAUCCUGAGCCCCUCUUCGCGUACGGUGCGGCCGGUCAACGCGUCGGUCCAGGGCGAGCAUCAUGAGGUGUCAUCCGGUGCGGAAGGAUAUGUGUUGUCCCUCGACAUGGGGGCGCAAGCCAGCCUAGACUUCGGCGUCGAGGUCGGCGGGCUCGUCACUCUAAAUAUCGAGACACUGGCGGACGGGUCCGAGGGCUCUCAGCUGUCUCUGGCAUUUGCCGAGUCUCCUGCACACGCUGGGCCGAUAUCAGACGAUGCGACGGGUUCCAUAGCUUCACAAGACUGGGACAGGGAGCUCAACGUAACUGUUGACGCCGGAGAUGUGGUGACUUACACGAUGCCGCAGGAAAGGUUCCGAGGGGGGUUUCGAUUCAUGACGAUUGUUGCAAAGGCACCAGUUACCAUAUCCAACAUCACCUGCGCAAUUGGCUUCUCACCGUCACAGGCCGACCUGCGGGACUACUCUGGCUACUUUUCCGCGCCCGGCCACGACCUUCUGUCCAGGAUCUGGUAUGCGGCAGCCUAUACGGCGCAGACCAACAUAGGGCCCGUGGACACGGGACGUCACCUACCGCAGGUCGAGCACGGUUGGGCAUACAACUCCAGCACCGGGGUCGCCGGACCAGUCCUGAUGGACGGGGCAAAGCGGGAUCGCGCGGUGUGGCCCGGUGACCACGGCAUCUCGGGCCAAACGGCCUUCCUCGCGUUCGGCGACGUCGGGCUUGAGGCAUUCAACAACUCCCUCGAGACCAUGUUCUACUACCAAAACGCAAGCGGCAGGUUCCCUUACGCCGGGCCAUCGACGCGGUCUUUCAACUCGGGCAAGGAGAGCGACACUUACCACGCGUGGAACCUCAUCGCGAUCUACCAUUAUGCCGUCUUUACCGGCGACGAAGCGUGGGUGGAAAGGCAUUGGGACAACAUCACCAACGCCGUAGGAUACAUUCUCAACGGCAUCGACGGCAGUGUCGGCCUGCAUAAGCAAGUUGGGGCAAACGACUGGGGCCGACAGGGCACAGGUGACUUCAAUAGUGCUCUAAAUGCACUUGACUAUCAGGCUCUAGUUUCGAUUGCGUCCCUCGCCGAGGCUUUGAACAGGUCAGACGAAGCGGAAGCAUGGGAAUCUGCCGCAGAAGGCAUCAAGGAGGCGUUCAAUGAACACCUCUGGGAUGCCGACGCAUCACUCUACAACGACAACACAACGACAUCCCUCCACCCCCAGGACGGCAACGCCAUGGCCCUGUUCUUCAACCUAACACGGGACACCACGCAGGCCAAGGCCCUGAGCAAAGCCCUCGAAACCAACUGGAACAGCUUCGGCCCCGUGACGCCGGAGCUGCCCGACGUCAUCUCCCCGUUCAUCUCGGGCGUCGAGGUCCUGGGCCACUUCGCGGCGGGCGAGCCGGACCGCGCCCUGGAGCUCACCGAGCGCCUGUGGGGCUACCUGCUCGACUCGCCCGAGAUGACGGGCAGCACCCUCGCCGAGGGCCUGGCGGCCAAUGGCAGCCUGUACUACCGGGGCGCGUCCGGGUACAACUACGACGCGGCGUACACCAGCAUGAGCCACAGCUGGUCCACGGGGCCGCUGGUCGCGCUCACCACGAAGCUCGCGGGCCUCGAGCUCUCCGGCUGGUUCAGGUGGACGUUUGCGCCGCAGCCGGGCGGCGGGGUGCAGCAGGUGCAGAGUGGUUUCAGGAGCCCCUUUGGGCAGUUUGAUGUGAGCUGGAGGUUGGAGGAUGGUGGCUUCAGUGCCAAUGUGUCGGUUCCCGCGACAACGGUAGGUGAGGUCGUUCUUCCAUGGGAAUGCGAGGCAGUAAGACUUGAUGGCCAAGAUUGGACCGGUCCAUUUGUGGAUAAGAUUGGGGUAUUUGUAUUAGAGGCGACUGGUUGCGACCUGGAUGGUCAAAAAUAG